CUUAUGAUGUUUUUUAGUUCUGUUGUUUUGUUGCCACUCUUCUGGGUAGUAGCGUUGGCAGACCAAUAUAUCGAUCGUGCUGUAAUACAAGCCGAGGAACGCGAGUUGGCUAGGAAAUGGGGGCGUUUGGUCACUUUUGCUCAUCUACCUUAUACGCAAUGCCUGAAUAGUUUGCGGCACAAGUAUGAUGUGGCCAUCAUAGGCGCGCCUUUCGAUACCGGCACCACUUAUCGCAGCGCAUCGAUGCGACAAACGGCUUAUCGAGGCUUCAACGCACGAGCAGCGAUCAAUCCGUACAGGUCGUGGGCUAGGGUUCUGGAUUGUGGAGAUAUUCCUGUGACGCCGCUGGAUAAUCAAGUAGCAGUGAGACAACUGUCAGAGGCAUACAUGGAGCUGGGCUCUCGACCGCCUGCUUACGCUACCAAUGGAGUGAGUGAGGAGGUUGAUGAAAAGUAUGCGAGGUAUCCGAAGUUGGUGACUCUAGGAGGUGAUCAUUCAGUUGCGUUGCCGGCCUUGAGAGCUCUGUACGAGAUACACCAGAGGCCGAUUGCUGUGGUACAUUUUGACGCACACUGUGAUCGAUCAANNGCCAACUACAAUCACGCGUCGGUGUUCUGGAAUGCAGCUCAAGAAGGGCUCCUAGCAAAUGGGUCUUGCGUCCAUGCAGGACUGAGAAGUCGCUUGACAGGGACUAGUUUCCAAGACUAUGAGAACGACAUACAGCAAGGUUUCAUGCAGAUCGAGGUUGACGACAUUGAUCGAUGGGGUGUGGAAGGCAUCGCUGAGAGAAUCAUUGCCAGGGUCGGUAGGGAGAUCCCAGCUUAUCUCAGCAUCGACAUUGACGUUCUGGACGUGGCGUUUGCACCAGCAACAGGCACGCCUGAAGCAGGUGGCUGGUCCAGCAGAGAGUUGAUCAGGAUAUUGAGAGGCAUUGAAGGAUUGAAUGUCGUUGGUGCGGACAUUGUCGAAGUUGCACCAGCUUAUGAUGGCGCCGGAGAGCCCACGUCUGUUGCGGCUGCGCAGAUCGUUUACGAGGUUGUAACGAGUAUGGUGAAGAGAGGGCUAGCGGUUAGCAAUGACAGCAAAGCAGACAAGCGUCUCCUCAGAGAUGAGCUUUGA